CUAACAGAGAGCUACAUCCCAACUGUUCUCCAGCAAAAAUCAAGCCGACCUCUCCUACCUGUCCCACCCGAAGAAUAUCACCCUAUUUGGACAAGAUGCUAGCUAAAUUCGGCCUGUUCGCUAUCUUCCUAGUCCUGGGGACUUCUGCCUUCGACACCGAACCAGAGGAAUCCUCUCCUCGCCGUGCACGCUUCUCCUCCAACAGCCCCUGUAAGUACCGUUGGUUAGCCUAAUGUGCAAAAAACAAUGCAAACUGCAGUUCUCAUCCAAAAAGGCUGUAGAUAUAGAGUGCAUUGUGUUCAAGCACAAGAGUUGGGUAUGAAAGUUGCCUCUUCUGAUCAAACCUUCCUAAAAUAGUUGCAUUCCCAUGAAUAGAGAAAUAGGCACAUUCUUAAAUGUGCGUGAGUGUAGCCCACUACAGCCUAUGUCAAUUGCUGAAGUUUGAUGUGUUUCCCCCCCCCCUUUCCAGCGGAAGUGGCUGGGUGUUUGAGUGGUGCUGUAGCCGUGGGAUGUGGACCAUUUGCCUGCCUGGAGAAUUCUACCUGUGACACGGAUGGCAUGCACGAUAUCUGCCAACUGUUCCUCCACACCGCAGCUACCUUCAACACACAGGUAAUCUAUACACACACACACACACACACUUUUUUGACAACCCACUGCAGUGUCUCUAACCCUGUGUGUGUGUGUGUGUGUGUGUGUGUGUGUGUGUGCAGGGUAAGACAUUUGUAAAGGACAGUCUGAGGUGUAUUGCCAAUGGCGUCACGUCUAAAGUGUUCCAGACCAUCAGGCGCUGUGGAAUCUUCCAGAGGAUGAUCUCUGAGGUCAGUCACUGGCUUUAUUAUUAGAGAUUUACAACAUAUCAGCCGUCAUACCUUCCUAUUGGCGCCAAAACUAUCCCAAAUAACCUCUACUGUGUGGUAGGAUGAAGUGCUAGUUUCUGAGAGUUAAAAUGAUUGUGUGUGCAUAGGUCCAGGAGGAGUGUUACAGUAGGCUGGACAUCUGUGGUGUGGCUCGCUCCAACCCUGAGGCCAUUGGAGAGGUGGUACAGGUACCUGCACACUUCCCCAACAGGUGAGUCAGUCAAAUCAAAUCAAAUUUUAUUGGCCACAUGCGCCGAAUACAACAGGUGUAGACAUUACAGUGAAAUGCUUACUUACAGCCCUUAACCAACAGUGCAUUUAUUUUAAAUAAAAAAGUAAAAUAAAACAACAACAAAAAAGUGUUGAGAAAAAAAGAGCAGAAGUAAAAUAAAAUAACAGUAAGGAGGCUAUAUAUACAGGGGGGUACCGGUGCAGAGUCAAUGUGCGGGGGCACCGGCUAGUUGAGGUAGUUUAAGUAAUAUGUACAUGUGGGUAGAGUUAAAGUGACUAUGCAUAAAUAAUGAACAGAGUAGCAGCAGCGUAAAAAGAUGGGGUGGGGGGUCGGGUGGGGGGCAGUGCAAAUAGUCUGGGUAGCCAUGAUUAGCUGUUCAGGAGUCUUAUGGCUUGGGGGUAGAAGCUGUUGAGAAGUAUUUUGGACCUAGACUUGGCACUCCGGUACCGCUUGCCGUGCGGUAGCAGAGAGAACAGUCUAUGACUAAGGUGGCUGGAGUCUUUGACAAUUUUGAGGGCCUUCCUCUGACACCGCCUGGUAUAGAGGUCCUGGAUGGCAGGAAGCUUGGCCCCAGUGAUGUACUGGGCCGUACGCACUACCCUCUGUAGUGCCUUGCGGUCGAAGGCCAAGCAGUUGCCAUACCAGGCGGUGAUGCAACCAGUCAGGAUGCUCUCGAUGGUGCAGCUGUAUAAUUUUUUGAGGAUCUGAGGACCCAUGCUAAAUCUUUUCAGUCUCCUGAGGGGGAAUAGGCUUUGUCGUGCCCUCUUCACGACUGUCUUGGUGUGUUUGGACCAUGAUAGUUCGUUGGUGAUGUGGACACCAAGGAACUUGAAGCUCUCAACCUGUUCCACUACAGCCCCGUCGAUGAGAAUGGGGGCGUGCUCAGUCCUCUUUUUUUUCCUGUAGUCCACAAUCAUCUCCUUUGUCUUGGUCAUGUUGAGGGAGAGGUUGUUAUCCUGGCACCACACGGCCAGGUCUCUGACCUCCUCCCUAUAGGCUGUCUCAUCGUUGUCGGUGAUCAGGCCUACCACUGUUGUGUCGUCGGCAAACUUAAUGAUGGUGUUGGAGUCGUGCCUGGCCAUGCAGUCAUGGGUGAACAGGGAGUACAGGAGGGGACUGAGCACGCACCCCUGAGGGGUCCCCGUGUUGAGGAUCAGUGUGGCAGAUGUGUUGUUACCUACCCUUACCACCUGGGGGUGGCCCGUCAGGUGUUAAGUGUGUGUGUGUGUGCAUGCGUGUGUGUGUGUGUGUGUGCGUGCGUGCGUGUGUGUGUGCGUGUGUGUGUGUGUGAGUGAGAGUGACUAAUGCGAUGUGUGUGUGAUAACGGUGAGUCUGUAUUCCAGGUACUACAGCACUCUGCUUCAGUCCCUGCUGGCCUGUGAUCAGGAGACAGUGGCGGUUGUCAGGGCAGGGCUUGUUUCAAGGCUGGGGCCAGACAUGGAGACCCUCUUCCAGCUGCUGCAGAACAAGCCCUGCCCCCACGAUUCUAACCAGGGUGUUAACUCCUCCCCUCCCGGCUGGCGCAUGGGGUCUCCCCCCUCCUUCAAGAUCCAGCCCAGUAUGAGAGGAAGAGACCCCACCCACCUGUUUGCUAGGAAACGCUCUCUGGAGGAGUCGGAUAGAGAGAUGGAGUAGAGAGGACACACACACUCACACCACAGCUACCUUAAACACAUAAACACUCUCAUUUAAAAAAAAACAUUUGAGUCAUUUAGCAGACACUCUUAUCCAGAGUGACUUACAGUUAGUGAGUGCAUACAUUUUCAUACUGGCCCCCCGUGGGAAACGAACCCACAACCCUGGCGUUGCAAGCGCCAUGCUCUACCAACUGAGCUACAGGGGGCACUCACACUCAUGAAUGCUUCAACUGUCUAUGUAUGCUGACACACACAUAUUUUCACAUGCAAAGUGAUUAAGGGUAAAUGAUUAAGGGAAGUUUGGGGCUGUUGUAAUGUAGUAGUUGAUUUGGGGAAGCGUCUAUCUAACUGCUGUUGAAAGUAUUUCUGUGUUGGCUGAUACUUGAUGAGAGGGAGAUGAAACUUGUUACCUGGACUUUGAAUGUGGAGGAUUAUAUCUGCUCAGAAUAGCCUCAACUAAACCUAGAGAGCUGAUAAUUUAAUGUUAACAAUUUAAACAUUUCAAAGGCCAUCUAGAAAACGAACCGUCACUGUAGUUCCAUCUGAUUUCAACAUGGCACUACAGCCAUAACAUCCCAGUUUUGACCAGUGAUUAACAAGACAAUCCUAUUUAAAAAGAGCUAUGGGCAUAUUAUUAUAGAUAUUUAUUUUCUGACAGAAUGUUUAUUUAUGAUGUUGAUGUUGUAUUAUGUCUUUAGUUGUAACUUGUGUGAUUGGUUUAAGUUGUCGGCAGUGGGCGGGGUUUGACAUCUUGAUGUGACGUCACUUUCUGAUGCCGUACUGUAUGCCGCUCUAUGAGGAUGUCACCACCCCCUCAGAGGGACAUGUCAACGCAACGCGCUGGUCGUGGGGCUCACCGCAUCCUUCUCUGUCUCUGUCUGUGUUAAUGUUAGAGUCUUAUACUGUGUAAGAUGUGGUUAGAUCAUAUAUGAUUUGCAAUCCUGUGUGUAAGAGAAUGUGUGUGUGCUAGGCUUGUUGAGUCUGGUACUCUACACUAUGUGGGCUUGGGGUAAUUCUCUCUGCUACAAAUAAAUGUUGGAACCUUCAUAAUUUUGUCUAUGGUGAUUUGUGUCGAGACUAGUGAUUAAACGAUCACAGUUUCACACAUCGAUGAUCUUAAAUCAUUUGCAUUGGUGUUAGAGUGUGAGGUUAAAGUAUUUUGGAAGUUUAUACUGUCAUUUCCAUCCACUGGGUGGCAGUAUACUCCUAUGGAUGAUCCCUGGCCAGGGGCUGUGCUUCCUCAGUACAGUCUUACUCUACAACAAGAUUAUCUCUGGUACAAAUCUCCAGUCCCAGCCAAACUCCCCAGGCCUAUGACUUUACCAGACCUCUGUACAUACAGCCAGAACCAGCAUUCUAAAUCACAGGCCUGUAAGCCCUCCUACGUUCUUCUUACCACUUUCUCACAGUUAGUUUCUAUGCUUUCCAAACUCAUCUGUUAGAAGUCUAUCUGACAGACCAGCCCUAAGUGGUUCAAAACAUCCCGAAUUGAGGUAAUGAUAAUAACUCUCCCUAAUCAAUCAAUAUGAUCAGUUAUGAGGUUGUUGGCCCAGACAGUUUGAAAGGGAAGGGAGGAGAGGUGUACAAUAGGAAAUGAUCUAUACUGCUAAUGGCUCCCUAAGUGUUCAGUAAUGACAUAGAAUACAUUAUUUAUCUCUCUGUCUCUCAGGAGUACAUUUGGUAACAUUUACCUGUUUCAACUGCUUCAGAAAGAAACGAUGCUAUACUAAAAAGUUAUGUUUCUAAAAUGGCGGUUUGGGUCACAGCUGAUCCAUUCCUUCUAGGUCGUUAUUAGGGUCAGAAACAGAAACAGUGGUGGUUGUGGUUAUUGGGUGGGUCGCAGCAGGGAAUUUUGGAAGGCUUUAGAUGGGUCACAGUACAAAAUAGUCUGGGAACCAGUGGUAAUGAGGUACUCAGUGCUGACUCUGUCUGUCUCUCACACACACACACAAUAGCUAGUGUUGGCUAUUCAGCAUGAUAAAUCCAUUGGGGUGGGGGCAGGGUAAAAUGUCAGUUGAGGUGACAAAACAAAUAAUACAUGUCCAAAGGGGGAGCAGGAAGUCUGGGGGGGGACAGGGGGAGUAGGUAGCUGACUAGUGGUGGCUAUUCAGCAGCCUGAUGAUGUGGGGGUAGAAAAUAUUGACCAGUCUUUCAUUUACAUUUUAGUCAUUUAGCAGACGCUCUUAUCCAGAGCGACUUACAGUUAGUGAAUACAUAUAUUUUUUUAUACUGGCCCCCCGUGGGAAUUGAACCCACAACCCUGGCGUUGCAAACGCCAUGCUCUAUCAACUGAGCUACAUCCCUGCCGGCCAUUCCCUCCCCUACCCUGGACGACGCUGGGCCAAUUGUGCGCCGCCCCAUGGGUCUCCCGGUCGCGGCCGGCUACAACAGAGCCUGGAUUCGAACCAGGAUCUCUAGUGGCACAGUUAGCACUGCAAUGCAGUGCCUUAGACCACUGCGCCACUCAGGAGUCUGCAGUUUUUGCCAUGAUGCUCUUAUACUGCUCCUAUACUUAGUGAUGGAAGCGGGGAGAACAGGGCAUGGCUCGGUGGCUGGGCUCCCUGAUGAUCUUCUUGGCCUUCCUAUGACACAGGCAGUGUGCACCCAAUGAUGUGUUCGGCUGAGCGUACCACCCUCUGUAGCACCUUGCGGUCAGCGGCGGUGGAGUUGCCGUACCAGGCUGUGAUGCAGCCCGACAGUAUGCUCUCGAUGGUGCUCCUGUAGAACACCGUGAGGGCCCUCGGGGACAGGCCGGACUUCUUCAGCAUCCUGAGGUUGAAGAGUCGCUGUCGUGCUUUAUUCACCACGGUGUCCGUGUGGUUUGACCAUUUCAGCUCCUCUGAGAUGUGUACGCUGAGGAACUUGACACCGUUGCUAGCCACCCUGUGAAUAAAUCUUCAGCAUUUUUACAAAAGGCUGAGAACCCUGAUAGCCCCUGUGUUUCUCCAGGCUGAUCCUCUGCUAGCUCCUACAGGUGUUGAAAACAGCACCACACUGGAUGCCAGUGACUCUGACACCCCUCUGAACAAUCUGUCCCUGGUGGAAACUGCAGCCCCAUUAUGGCUCCUCACACCCUGUAACGGCAGCUCAUGGCCCAUUAACCCCAAUAGUGUCCACAUACAGCCAGGAGAGCACUUAAUGGAGAGGGGUGGCAGGGGUGGGGUGUUUGCAUUAACACCUUGGUGGGGGACAUUCAUUGCCGUCAUUGUGUGCAUUUGUUUGUGGUGGUCAACAUAUAGGGCAGAUGGCUGUGCUAACAGCCCUCAUUUCCAGGAAUACAAGCAGCCCUGAGAAAACACACUCCUCAACGCGUUUAGACAAGCCAAGAUUUACACAGUGACUCAGGGAGAGCUCAGGGAAGUUAACACUAUUCAGGGUAAUCAGGUUAGAAUAGGCUACUUCAAAUAUAGAGAGAGAAUGGGUGGGGUGCUUUAUCCUUAAGCCUUGGGAGAAGUUUAUUGAAAAUUCCUGAAACUGAAAUAAUAAGGAUAGGAUCCAUAUGAAAUGGUUUUAUUCAACACAGUUACCGGUAGUUAUGAGCUGUGAACUACAGCCCCGUCGAUGAGAAUGGGGGCGUGCUCAGUCCUCUUUUUUUUCCUGUAGUCCACAAUCAUCUCCUUUGUCUUGGUCAUGUUGAGGGAGAGGUUGUUAUCCUGGCACCACACGGCCAGGUCUCUGACCUCCUCCCUAUAGGCUGUCUCAUCGUUGUCGGUGAUCAGGCCUACCACUGUUGUGUCGUCGGCAAACUUAAUGAUGGUGUUGGAGUCGUGCCUGGCCAUGCAGUCAUGGGUGAACAGGGAGUACAGGAGGGGACUGAGCACGCACCCCUGAGGGGCCCCCGUGUUGAGGAUCAGUGUGGCAGAUGUGUUGUUACCUACCCUUACCACCUGGGGGCAGCCCGUCAGGUGGUAAGUGUGUGUGUGUGUGUGUGUGUGUGUGUGUGUGUGUGUGUGUGUGUGUGUGUGUGUGUGUGUGUGUGUGUGUGUGUGUGUGUGUGUGUGUGUGUGUGUGUGUGUGUGUGUGUGUGUGUGUGUGUGUGUGUGUGCUCGUGCGUGCGUGCGUGCGUGCGUGCGUGCGUGCGUGCGUGCGUGUGUGUGUGUGUGUGUGUGUGUGUGUGUGUGUGUGUGUGUGUGUGUGUGUGUGUGAGUGAGUGAGAGUGACUAAUGCGAUGUGUGUGUCAUAACGGUGAGUCUGUAUUCCAGGUACUACAGCACUCUGCUCCAGUCCCUGCUGGCCUGUGAUCAGGAGACAGUGGCGGUUGUCAGGGCAGGGCUUGUUUCAAGGCUGGGGCCAGACAUGGAGACCCUCUUCCAGCUGCUGCAGAACAAGCCCUGCCCCCAGGAUUCUAACCAGGGUGUUAACUCCUCCCCUCCCGGCUGGCGCAUGGGGUCUCCCCCCUCCUUCAAGAUCCAGCCCAGCAUGAGAGGAAGAGACCCCACCCACCUGUUUGCUAGGAAACGUUCUCUGGAGGAGUCGGAUAGAGAGAUGGAGUAG